GCCAUUCUUAACUGUGUAAACUUAAGCCAAUACAUCAGGCGCUCACUACACCCUAUAGCCUAACAAUUCAUAUUUACUCAUUCAGUCAUCUUAUUUUGGAAAAAAAAAAGAAGCCAGGUCAGAGCUGCUUGAUGGACUUGUUUUUGUACGUAGUCCAGCCCUGAUUACUACGUGUAUGUUUUUGCUGUAUCAUAAGCUGCUGGAGGGAUAUGUGUUGUACCUGGGUUGUGUAUAAAAAGAGAAAGGGAAUACUGACAACUCACGUCCACCUGCUGAGGACCAAGGAGCGGGACAAUGUUUGCAUUCUUGAUUUGCAUCUUGGCGCUGCAUCAGGCGCAGUCUGCCUGUGUUCUGCAAGACAUUUGCACGGACAGCAAAGCAGUUCAGGAUGAGAUCGUUGAAAUGCAUAACGGCUACAGGAAAACUGUCCAGCCCCCUGCCGCAGACAUGCUGAAGAUGAGCUACAGUGAGAAGCUGGCUGCCAGCUCUCAGGCCUGGGUUGACGAAUGUAAUGUGGCUCAUGGACCACCCAGCACUCGCAUGCUUGAUGGAUAUGAAUUAGGGGAGAAUCUCUUCUACUCAAACUCACCAGUCUCCUGGACCGAGGUUAUCCUGGCCUGGCACAACGAGGCGCCACUUUACCAGUAUCCUGAAAGCGCCAAAGUCUCUACUGGUCACUACGUACAGAUUGUGUGGAACAGCUCCUACAAAGUCGGCUGUGGAGUUGCAUUGUGCCCCAACAACAUCUACUUCUACGCCUGCCAGUACAACAGAGCAGGAAACUUCCAGAAUUGGCCGCCUUAUAAGCCUGGAUCCCCGUGUGACCUCUGUCCAAAUGACUGUGAGGACAACCUCUGCACCAACCCGUGUCCUUACAUUGAUUAUUUCCUCAACUGCCCAAGCAUGAAAGCAAAGAUUGGCUGCGGCCAUAAACAGAUGAAAGUCUCGUGUCCUGCUUCCUGCACAUGCUUUGACAAAAUCAUCCCCAUAUAUUAAAUUCAAGCCCUUCAAAUACUCUAUCCAAUAUGUGUAUAACACAAAUCUUUUCUCUUAAAGUUUAAUUCUAAAAUAUUAAUAAUCUCUAAUCUACACCCAGCGGGAAUCAUCAGGGUUUGGAGAUGUAUUCCCUGUGUUGCAGGACCAUGGAGGAUAUCAUUCAGGGACACGUCUCCCUCUGAGCAUUAGGAAUUGCAGAGAUGUUAGCAGAAAUAAGAAAUGCUAUUUUAGUGCUUCCAUGCAUAAGAUGAUACAAAUUGAAAAUGUUGAUCUUACACAAUA